AUGAUACCCACGAGUAAUCUAUCCGGUCCAACAACAUUUCAACCAAGGCCUGUUCGAGUGUCUCAGUUACCACACUACCGAAACCAACAGAACAACCGGUCAAACUUUAGCAAAGGCUUAGGUACGGUGCAACUCGCGUGGCAUGCCAUUCGUGACACGUUUUACGAUUUCGCGUCCAUGUCCAAAAUCCAUGGCAUGCACUAUCUUCAACGGCACACUACGCGAAGCUUUGUGCGACUGCUGUGGGUUGCAAUCAUCGUGGGAUUCUUCGUCUUCGGAACCGUGCUGAUCUAUCUGCUGUGGCAAAAGUUUAUCGACUCACCGACACGCAUGACGAUUGCAUCCGAAAUGAAGAUCGUGCAAGUUCCGUUCCCCGGUAUAACGCUCUGCCAUCCGCAAAGCGUUGUGGACUACAAAGCGGAACGUUUCGUCGAUAAGAUCAAACUUCCACUAGGCGCCACGAAAGAAUCAGUGCUCAAAACUUUACCAUCCUUGGGCUAUUUUACCGAGCACCAGUGGACGUUCCCUCGGCCGCAAGAUUUAAGAAUGAUCGACCAGGUCCUACUGCUUAACAACUACACCAUCGAGCAGGCCAUCGAUGAGCUGGGUCUGAUCUGUGAGGACUUUAUAUUGGUGUGUUACUGGGCGGGCAAAAAGUUUCCCUGCUUUGCCAAACACGCCUUCCUCGGGUGGAUCGGUUCCACCAGCCAUUAUGGUGCCUGUUGCUCGUUCAACUAUCAUCCCAACGUGCGGGGAAGCAAGGAACCGUUCGUGGUCAACACGUACGGUAUGCACGGUGGGCUGAGCGUCAUUGGUACGGGGUACCCGCAGGCAUCGGACGGCAAAUCUGGAGCACUCUACUCGGAAGGAUUUAUGCUCAUGAUACACCAUCCGCACGAUUUCGCCGUCGAAGCUUCUCCGCUGACCCUUUUACGGUUGCGUAAGGAAACGUUCGUUAACGUGCUACCGACCGAUUCACGCUGCUCCGAGCAAGUGCUAGCACUACCCCAAAGCCAACGGGAUUGCAUUGUGGGCAGUGACUUUAAUCCGCCAAUUGCAAACUAUCGUCAGCCGGCAUGUACGCUGGAGUGCCUGCGAAACGAGGUACACCGGAAGUGCGGUUGCCAUCCGUUCCAUCUGCCCCAACCGACACCGAGUCCACGUACGGGUCAGCGGAUUAGAAACUGCACCGUGUACGAUUCGAUGUGUUUUGUGGAAAAUUAUUACAUGUUUAAAAGAUUGAAAUGCAACUGUUUGCCCGCUUGCAGUGAUGUCACGUACAAGACGACAUCGAUCGUGUCCGACUUUUCUGGCCACAAUUUUUCCAUUAAUCCAUUUUAUAAGGAAACGAAUCUGUCCGAUUUUGAGUUUAUUUUCCACAUCUUUAUGAGCAAUCAGGUCGUUUCGGCUAACAGGCGUAUUGUCGUCGUGUCGUGGAUCUCAUUGCUAUCGAAUCUCGGAGGAGCAUUUAGUUUGUGCCUAGGAAUAAGUGUGCUCUCAUUGUUUGAAGUUUUGUUUUUCGUCGUUUUUCGCCUGCGAAAAAUGUAUCACAAGCUUAAGCAUCGUCAAGAACAGCAGAUCAAACUGGUGGCCCCUUUUGCACGGUUGCAAAAAUUUUAA